CUAGAAGGAGGGCCCAAAUUUGCUCAGGCCUGGUAUAUAGACUCAUAUCAUGCAGCUUAAUUGCUUAACAUUUAGAUUCCAUAGCAUUGAUCCGUGGCUUAAAGGGUAGGUGCCCCUUUAAGGAAUUCGAGCGCUAUCCUUCUCUGGGGGUUGUAGUCCUCAAAAGGUUGCUCUGCGUUGAACGAGGCGCCAGGGAAACUACCUUUCCCGGCAGCCUUUGCGCGCGCCGCCACCGCCUCCUCCAUCGGAAGCAUUCCCUGCGAGAAAGAGAGAGAGACACGAUGCCGAAAGUCAAGACGAAGCCCCGUUCUGGGAAGCCGAAGCGAGAAGGCAAAGCACCAGUAUCUGGCAUCAGAUUCAACACAGGAUUGGGUCAACAUAUCUUGAAGAAUCCCCUCAUUGUUAACAGCAUCAUAGAGAAGGCUUCCUUGUAUCCUACAGAUGUGGUUCUAGAGGUUGGCCCAGGCACUGGUAACAUGACAGUAAAAAUGUUGGAAAAGGUGAAAAGGGUAGUUGCCUGUGAGGUUGAUGUAAAGCUUGCUGGGGAACUUCAGAAAAGAGUGCAGGGCACACCUUUGGCUAACAAACUUGAAAUAAAGAUUGGAGAUGUAUUAAAAAGUGACCUGCCAUUUUUUGACGCUUGUGUAGCUAAUUUGCCUUAUCAAAUUUCUUCUCCUUUUGUUUUUAAGCUGUUGUUGCAUCGGCCUUUCUUCAGGUGUGCAGUUCUUAUGUUCCAAAGAGAAUUUGCUCUUCGUUUGGUUGCAAAACCUGGCUCUCCUUUAUAUUGCAGACUCUCUGUUAAUACUCAGUUAUUAGCCCGUGUUGACCACUUGAUGAAAGUUGGAAAAAAUAAUUUUAAACCACCUCCCAAAGUUGAAUCCAGUGUUGUGAGGAUAGAACCAAAAAACCCUCCACCACCAAUCAAUUUUCAGGAGUGGGAUGGCCUGCUAAGGAUAGUUUUUGUCAGGAAAAAUAAGACGCUUGCUGCAGUUUUCAAUUCAACUGCUGUGAAACGAUUACUGGAACAAAAUUACCGAAUUCACUGUUCCCAGAAUAACUUGGAAAUUCCUGAAAAUUUCAAUAUUGGAAAUCUCAUUCAUGAAAUUCUAAAAGACACCGGUUACUCAGAAAAACGUGCACGAGUAAUGGAUAUUGAUGAUUUCAUCAGUGUUCUACAUGGCUUCAAUUCAAAAGGCAUCCACUUUUCCUGAAAGGAAUGAGAUUGAAGAUGACAAAGAGAAGAAUGUUUUAUAAAUAAAACAGCACCAUAAUGUCAUUCAUAAGGAAUGAGAGAUUUAUAUUUAUCAUGAAGGUUCAUUCCUGGAUGGAAUGGAGAAGCAAUGCAUUUAUACCAUAUGGAUUACUCCUCCAUGCCAUCCAGAGAAUAUAAAUUGCUCUGACUUAGCACAUUCAGAUGUUUUAAAUAAUCAAAUUAUGUGAAAUGGAUUCUUGAAUAUAAAGGCCAGCUAUUGCA